GCACAGCAGCACACCCUCUGCUCCUCCGUUCAGCUCGCGUCUCUGUUCUUAGCUUGGCUUCAUCACGAGCACGCUGCCUCCUUGACUGUAGACUUGGAGAGACAAAUCGACCGAUCACCGGCCAAGUACUUCCGUCAUCUCAUCAAGCCUGUGACGUAGGUAGAUUGGCCGUUACAAAACCCUCCCUGCUUCACACAGGUUCAGAAGAAAACAGAGUGCACCGAGUGUCGGAGAUUCUCGUUCAAGACAGUUCGCAAGGUGUGCUCUUUCAAGACAGUUCGCAAGGCGUGAUGCAGGGAGGCCACGGGUACUACGGCGGCAGGGACUCCCCGCCGCAAGGGUACGGCUACGGCUACGGUUACGGCGGCUACGGCUACGACGCCGGCGGGUACAGCUCCAACGGCUACCCGUCGGCGGCCCCAGCGUACGACCAUCCGCUCCCCGCGCGGAGGGCGCACGACUUCCCGGCGCCAUUGAACGGGCUCGAGUUCCAGCCGUCGGAGACGUGCCCCAAGAACUACGUCAUCUUCGACCAGACGUGCACCAAGAGCCGGGUCAUGUUCCACCCCUCCCUGGCGCACAAGCUCGGGGGCUCGUCCGGGAACGACCCCUGCUACGGCGGCGGCGGCGCGCACGAUGCCGGGAAGGGCGCGUACAGGGACAACAACGGCUACGACGACGACAACUGCUCGGUGCGGCUGGAGGACACGGACGAGAUUGACGCCCUGCUGAGCUCGGAGGACGGCGACGAGGACGAUGUGUUGAGCACGGGCCGCACCCCGGGGUACCGGGACGGGAGCUCCCCGGACUCCACGUGCUCGUCCAGCUACGGCGGGGCGAAGCCGCGGCCCGAGGGCCGUAAGAAGGACCGGAUGAAGAAGAUGAUGCGGACGCUCAAGGGCAUCAUCCCCGGCGGCAACCAGAUGGACACGCCGGCCGUGCUCGACGAGGCCGUCAGGUACCUCAAGUCGCUCAAGGUGGAGGCCAAGAAGCUCGGCGUGAGCGGCUCCGACAGCUAGCUAGCUGAUCGAGUACUUGAGUACUGACAUCGGCGACCCGCAUCGAUGGCAUCGGCAUCGACACCAGGCAGCAGCAGCUUAGCCGGUGCUCUUUCUGCAGCGCCAUGAUCUGCCAGAACUCUUUUUGUGCACUCUACUUUUGGCCACGGGCUUUAUGCUCCAUCCAUGAUGAGAGCAUGGGGCAGCGAGAGAAGAAGACAACUGCGCAGGGACUCAACGUUGUACUGCUAGCUAGUGAUUGCUUUGGUUGUAGUGGAGAGAGAUGAUGAAUGAAAUGGCCGGAAUCAAGUGGGCGCAGGGCAGGAGAUCGAAGGGGAGCAACGCGUGCUUGGUCGCUUCCCCUCUUCUCGCCGUGUUUCCUUUCCUCUGCUGCUCCUGCCUCGACGUGGGGCUUAGCAGUGGUUGUAAGCCCCAGUACAGCAGGAGCCUGGAUGGAUGGGUGAUGCCUGCCCGGGCCUGCUUGGUUUCGUUGCUUUGCUUUUCAGUUGCUGCUGCUUUUGUCUUGUUUCAUUCGAUCUACAUAUCCAUGGUGCACGC